AUGGUGUUCUGGAUUUUCUACUUGGUAGCAAUCAUUUUGCACUUCAGUUCAGUGCACAGCAAACCAGAAUCACAUGGCUACUGUGCACCUUACAGUGGAAAGAUCUGCAAGAGGUAUUUAGCUGGUAUUGGAAAAGUAUGGUUCAAUGACUCUAACAAUAAUCCUGGGGGAUUAUUGAAUGAACAGAUUACUACCAAUUUGUGGGAGGAAUUGAUACAGGAACUUCAAGAACCAUGUCGUUCAGCUGCAGAGAAAAUGCUAUGCAUGUAUGCCUUUCCACAAUGUUACAACUCAAUUGGCCUACCAUUAUGUUAUGAAGACUGCAUGGCAGUUCGUCAUCAAUUUUGCUUUAAUGACUGGGCAAUGAUAGAAGACAACAAACAGAGGAAGAUUUACAUCAGAUCAAGAGGACAUUUCACACUUCCGGAAUGUGAAUCACUGCCUAAAGUAGUUAAAGGAAAAGUGACCUGUUCACAUAUUCAUUUGACGGAUAUGAAUGAAGAACUUGUUACAUAUGACUGUGUCAAAGGAAAUGGCAGAUUUUAUAUGGGUAAAGUAAACAAAACAAAGUAUGGCUUGGACUGUCAGCCGUGGAGUGCACAAAUACCCCAUAAUCAUGAUAGACCACCAGAUGUCUUCCCUCAGAUUCGUGAUAGUGAAAACUAUUGUAGAAAUGCUGGUGGAGAUGAACCAAUGCCUUGGUGUUUCACCAUGGAGUCUAGAAUACGAUGGCAACAUUGUGAUAUUCCUAUAUGCGAUAACGUAACAAGUAAAGUAUUGGAGGUCGACCCAAAAGACUUAACAAUGGACACAUUGUUUACUCCAAUGUUUAUACUAAUACUGUCUUCGUUGGGAUUUGUAAUUAUAGCUGGAAUUCUAUCGAUUAUUGUGAGUCACAGAUUUCAUAAACGACAUCAAGGAUACAACCCAACAAAUAACCAGUAUAUAACUAUUAAUUUGGAUAAAUUGCCAAGCAACAAUGCCUACCACAAGACAAGCGCCCAGCUUAAUCCAAAGUUGGAGAAACUUGAAUUCCCAAGGAACAAUGUUAUUUACGAACGCGACCUAGGACAAGGUGCUUUUGGUAGAGUAUUUCAAGCUAAGGCACCGGGUCUAGUGCCAGGCGAGGAAUUUACCAAUGUUGCCGUUAAAAUGCUCAAAGACGAAGCGUCAGAGGAUCUGCUUAAAGAUUUCGAACGAGAAGCAUGUCUGCUAGCCGAAUUCGAUCACCCGAACAUUGUCAAACUGUUAGGCGUAUGCGCGCUAGGUCGGCCAAUGUGUUUGCUAUUCGAGUAUAUGGGCCGCGGUGACUUAAACGAAUUUCUGCGGUCUUGUUCACCUGGUAAUUAUAUUAUCCGUAGUUUGGAAAGGGACGAACAUUUCACAGACUCUCGACUGUCGCACAUGGAUUUAAUUAAUAUCGCGCUGCAAGUCGCUUCUGGUAUGGUGUAUCUAUCAGACCGGAAGUUUGUACAUCGGGACCUCGCAACGAGGAACUGUUUGAUCAAUGACCAAAUGAUUGUAAAAAUAGCCGAUUUCGGACUGUCACAAAAGAUCUAUCUGCAAGAUUAUUAUAAAGGAGACGACCAAGAUGCUAUUCCAGUCAGAUGGAUGCCUCUGGAAAGUAUAUUGUAUAAUAAAUAUACCGUGGAGUCUGAUGUAUGGGCUUUUGCAGUGUGUUUAUGGGAGGUAUUCAGUUUUGCUCUCCAACCGUAUUAUGGGAUGACUCACGAGGAAGUUGUAAACUACAUUAAAGAAGGCAAUGUCCUUCAGUGCCCAGAAAAUACACCCCAAGACAUAUAUGAUUUAAUGAAACUUUGCUGGAACAGAAGACCAUCGGAUAGACCCGCUUUCAGAACCAUUUAUAAUACACUGGAUACUAUAAAACACAAUUUGGAAGCAGAGAAUAAGUCAGACAGUGUACCGUUACGUAUCCACGUUUGA